AGCGGAGGCGAUCGAUGUCGGGGGUGUGGGUGUUCAGGAACGGGGUCGCGCGGCGGAUAGAGAACCCCACGAGGGAGAGCCUCGAGAGCGCCACCGCCUCGGCCGGCGGCGGCGGAGGUGGGAGGAGGAGCGAGCUGGUGUACGUGCCCACGGGGGAGGUGGUGGGUUCGCAUGAGGAGCUGGAGCGCCGGCUGGGGGAGCUGGGGUGGGUGCCGUACCUCGCGGGGCGGCCGGAGCUUAUCCAGUACCACCGGGGCGCUGCCUCGCCGGACCUCAUCUCCCUUCCCCGCCGGUUCGCCGACCUCCGGUCCAUCCACAUGUACGACAUCGCCGUCAAGAACCGCUCGUUCUUCCUGGUCCGGGACCGUCCGUCGACGAGGGCCACGGUGAAUUGAUCUCCCCGUGCCUAACCUUCCAGAGUUUUCUUUAAUUUCUUUUCUUUUAUUUCUUCGGCGAGUUUUUGAUUAUUUAAUGAUUUUCUUUAUAUUGCUUUUGAAUCAUGGAAUGGACACUUUUAAUAUCAUUCUCA